GUUGAUUAAAGAAUGGAAAAUGCACAUUAUUCGCACAGUAAACCAAGACAGAGCAAGAACGAAUAUUUUGAAAAAUAUGAAGUCGGAUGAAGCACUUCUAGAAAGAGAUUGGGCUAUGAAGUUCCUUCCCCUACAAUACAGAGAAUCCCAAGCAAAAUGGUUUGCUAAAAGAGGGCUGUCAUGGCAUAUCAGUGUUCUGUCAUGGAAAGAGGAAGCCUUAAGAUCAGCUACCUUUGUUCAUGUUUUUGAUAUUGCAAAUCAGGAUGCAAUAACAUCAGCUGCCAUUCUGCAAGAUACUCUGGGUCGAAUAAAGAAUCUUAAUGCAGCAAUACAGAAUGUUUAUGUACGGUCUGACAAUGCUGGCUGUUACCAUUCAGUUUAUGGCAUUGGAGUUGUUCCUUGCAUUAACCAAAUGAACAGAAAUGAUAUGAAUAUAAAACGAAUGGAUUUCUGUGACCCACAAGGCGGUAAAUCAAUUUGUGAUCGAAAAGCUGCUCAUAUAAAAUGGUACAUAAAAAGAUUUGUGAAUGAAGGAAAUAAUGUCUUGAAUGCCAGUGACUUCAAGGCUGCUCUUGAAAACAAGAUGAACAAUGUUCAAGUUAUUGUGUCUUUGCCACCAAUUUCCAAAUCACCAAAAGUGUUGCUGAAAUUACAAAACAUCAGUCAGCUUUUUGAUUUCAGUUAUGACAACAGAAAUUUGACUGCUUGGAAGCAGUAUGAGAUCGGAAAAGGCAAAACAAUAAAUUAUGACACUGCAGGAAUUAAUUUAAAUUGGGUAAUCCCUGAAAUUACUCCUAAGUCUGUAUCCGAGGUCACAUUAACAUCUCCACCUAUGGAAACACAGACAAACGUAAAUUCUUCAUCACCCACAUGUCAAGAACAAGAUGCAACAGCAUCUUCAUGUAUAGAUGUCAGCAACCAAGAAAUGGUGGAAUCGUCGUGUGCAGAUGACUGCAGCAAUGUAUUCACCUGUCCAGAGGAUGGAUGCAUAUCUACAUUUUUAAGAUACGGCCAUUUGUGUAACCACUUAGAUACAGGAAACCACACUUUUUCAGUUGAGAGAAUGGACUUGCAGGAUCGCUCAAGAUUUUCGUAUGCUAUCCUAAUUGAAAAUAGACUUACUGGUCCAAAUUUGAAUGGAUCAAAAGAUGCUUCUUCAGGUGUGAGCACUUUGGAGAGAGGAUGGGCUUUUAAAAAAAAGAGAGAAGUCAAAAGAUUUACUGAAACUCAAAAAUCCUUUAUGACCAAGAAAUUCAACCAAGGUGAAUCAACAGGAUUCAAAUGUGAACCUGAAGAAGUGGCACGAGAGAUGAGAAGUGUAAAAAAUGACAAUGGUGAACGAAUUUUCCACUAUGGAGAUUUUCUCUCAGCAUCUCAAAUUGCAAGUUUUUUUAGUAGACUUUCGUUAAAGAAAAGGCAGAUGUCUAACACUGACUAUGAAGAAAAUGACUUGACAGCUGAAGGGAACAUGAACAAUUUGAAUCAGAUUUCUGAUGUGGCUCUUAAAGCAGUGAACUAAAAUACAUUUUCUAACUAAAAUAAAGAUUUUAAUAUCAAAGUUUUUGGAAGGGGAUAUAGGAAUCACCCUGUUUGCUUGUCCAUCUGUCUGUGGACAACACUUGGAUACUACUGCUCUAGCUCUAGUUGACUAACAUAGAUAAUAUCUGAAAUCGAAUGUGUCAUACUUCUUGUUUACUGUGCAUAAAUGUACAUUGAAGAACAUUUAUAAUUAUUUCUAGCAAAAUAUCUCUGUAAAAUAUUUGACUGUACACUUCAGAAAACAUUUAGUCUCAGAAUCAGAUACCAGAUAUGCUAUAGUGGUGCCUAGUUGUGUCGCGUGCAUAGCAAGGGGACACUUAGGGAUCACUUCUCCAUCGUCUGUCAGUCUGACCGUCUGUCCAUCAGUCCAUCUGUCUGUCACACUUUGAAAUAAGUCAUCCGCAGGAGACACACAUAUUCGAUGGAACACUCUUGUUUUACGUUCAUAUCUGUGAUACUUUUAGUGAGCAUUGAUAUUUGAACCAGUUGAUUGAUCUUUGAUAGUAAAACAAGAUAAACUUUAAUAUGAAGUUGCUUUAAGCUACAUUUUCACAAGGGAGCCUUGCUGAUGUUUAGGUUUAUGUUCAUGUGAAUAAGUAUAAGGUCGUCUUGUGUUUCACCGACACUACCUCUCGUUGUUUUUAGGUUCAUAACGAAUAACAAACAUGGUAUAGCAAUGAAAAUUAGCCAGAAGAUAGAGCUUUGGAGUCCCUUUGGGUUGUUGCGUCAUUUUGACAUAUAAUUUCGGUUUUCGUUAUAUCAUAUAUGGUGAAGUUUUCGCGUAUUUGGUCCACAUUUUGACUAUAUUGUAUGAGACAUUGUACAGCAAUGAUACUUAUUAUUACUUAUAUAGGGUAAGUACAACAGGGUUGACAGUUGAUUAGUAUGCCAUGACCCAAAUAUUCCACUUGAGAGGCUUUAUUUUCCUGGGUAUAUGUUUCAUGUUUUGCUGAUCCCAGUCAAGUCGGUUGCUAGGGUAUAAAUUUCGUUGCUAUGGAGAUUUCUUUUCCUAUUGUUUUGUAAAAAAAGUCAUACAUUUUGUGGAGAUUAUUGUACAGUACUAUGUUUCUGUAAAUUUGGUAUCUAACUGUCAAAUAUCUGUUGUAAUAUUAAAAAAAAUUGCCAAAACGUGCGAAAAUCCAUUGAAAGUGUUUUGAAAAAAUUGCGAAUUUUGAUUUCUGAAAAAAAAAAUUGGGACAUCCAACUACCAAUUUUUUUCAUAUUACUUCAUAGUAUUGGGAUAUAUCUUUAACUUGAUAUGACACACAAUAUCUCGGGUUGUUGCGUUUUUAAGUAUUCAACUUUUGAAAAACUUAAUUUUCCACAGAUAUUCACAUCAUGAAAACCUUGUCAUUUUUCGGUUACCAUAGCAACCAUAUCAGAAUUUCAAAAAAUACUUACAGACAUACAGAUAUUUUCUCCUUAUGCAUCUUUCAUUAUUUCAGUAUCAAAAAACAAAUUUAGACCUUCCAAUUGUUCCCCCUCUGCACUUGAAUAUGUCUAAAUUUGUAUUAUUUUACAAUGUUUCAUUGAGAAUUUACUAUGCAAAUCACAUUUGUUGCCAUGGAAACCAAUGAUAAUGAAUAAAUUUGUUAAAUUUGUCUAAAA